AUGCUUAUUUGUCAAUGAUGAAUGAUGUUGAAGGAGGUUAUGUUUUUGGAUUUUCAUUUUGAUAGAAUUCUUUUCAAAUAGUUAAAAAGAAAAGAUCUAAGAUCUCAUAUUAUUUCAAUAAUAUUGUAGUUGUUUCUAAUCUCAUGAACAUUACUUAUUGGGUGUAAUAUUAUCACGUGUAUUUUUUUUCAAAAUGCUGAUUCCUGCUAGUGGUACAGGACAAUAUUUAGCCCACACUGCGAAGGUUAUUCGAUUUGCUAGGAAAGGAUGUACGAAUAGACCUUUCUUCCACAUUGUAGUGACAGAAGUUAAAAGAGAUCAACAAGAUCCAGUUAUUGAACAAAUAGGCUCCUAUGAUCCAAUACCUAAUGAACAUGACGAGAAGUUAUGUGCAUUAAAUUUUGAAAGAAUCAAAUAUUGGCUUGGAAAUGGUGCAACAGUAUCUGAACCAGUCGAGGAAUUACUAGGAUUAUCUGGUUUUUUUCCAAUUCAUCCCAGAACUUAUAUAACAGCAUGGAGAAAUAGAAAAAAUCAACAGGAAGCAGAUUCCAAUAAACAAGAAAUGAAAUCAGAAUCACAGUAAAUGACACUAGUUGUCCGCAUAAUAGUUAAAUAAUUCAAUUAGAUGUACCUUGUGUUUAAAUCAAAUAAAGCAUACGUAAAUGCCUAUAGUA